AUGAAUCGUGAAGAGGAGGUUAUUCGCAAAUUAAAACUCGAUAUGCCGAAACAACUUCGUAGGAUUCAUCAUACUGGCCGUACCUUACGGCGUAGACAUGUAAGGUCUACGCAACCUCCGCCAAGGCCCCCCACACCUACGCUCCCUCCGAUGGAGCAUACCGAGUUUUCUGAUCUUUUAUUUAAUGGCCGCUCAAGCUUUCUAUAA